CAGGCCUGAGCGGCCGGUAGGCCGGGGAGCCGCCCGCCGCCGCCGAGGGCUUGUCCCGAGGGCCGGCGGAGCGUGAAGGUGCGGACGCGAGGCGGGGGUCCGCGCAGGGGCCGAGACGGCGCGGCCAGGUGAUGGUGGGCCCCUGUGCUGCUCCUGAGGAAAGGGGCCCACCCCAGGGCAGCCAUGUCCCCGAGCUGCCCCGUUGAGGCGCUUUGACAUCAGCCACGGGGAAGCUGGGCAGCUGUCAGUUUGCCUGGCUCUGUUAAGUGCCCUUAGGAUGCAGUGAUUCGGCUUUAGGCUCUCCCUGCCGGAGGGGCGCUGCCUGCGCUUGGGAACUCGGGGCAGAGAAAAAGGACAGAAUGAUGCUGUCCGAGCAAGCCCAAAAGUGGUUUCCAACCCACGUGCAGGUCACAGUGCUUCAAGCCAAAGAUCUUAAGCCAAAAGGCAAAAGUGGCACCAAUGACACAUACACCAUAAUUCAGCUGGGCAAGGAAAAGUACUCCACCUCUGUCGCUGAGAAAACCCUUGAGCCAGUCUGGAAGGAGGAGGCCUCCUUCGAGCUACCUGGAUUGCUCAUGCAGGGGAAUCCAGAGAAAUACAUUCUUUUCCUGAUAGUUAUGCACAGGUCCCUGGUGGGUCUGGAUAAGUUUUUAGGGCAGGUGGCAAUCAAUCUCAAUGACAUCUUUGAGGACAAACAAAGAAGGAAAACAGAGUGGUUUAGAUUAGAAUCCAAACAAGGAAAAAGAGCCAAAAACAGGGGUGAGAUAAAGGUCAAUAUUCAAUUCAUGAGGAACAAUAUGACAGCAAGUAUGUUUGACUUAUCCAUGAAGGACAAAACAAGAUCUCCUUUUGCAAAAUUAAAAGAUAAGAUGAAAGGUAGAAAAAAUGAUGGGACCUUUUCUGAUACGUCUUCUGCAAUCAUUCCAAGUUCUCACAUGCCUGAUGCCAAUUCUGAAUUUUCAAGUGGUGAAAUGCAGAUGAAAUCCAAACCAAAAAAGCCUUUCCUUUUGGGUCCUCAGCGACUCUCUUCAGCACAUUCAAUGUCUGAUUUAAGUGGGGCCCACAUAUCUUCUGAGAAACUGAAGUCUGGCACUAUCGGUCAAACGCAUCUUCUCGGACGCCAGAUAGAUUCCUUUGGAGCAGUUCCGGAAAGUGCAAGUCUCAAAUCUCCACACAGAAGAACAUUAAGCUUUGAUACUUCUAAAAUGUACCAACCUGACAGCGGCGUGGAUGAAGGUGAAUCAUCUCUCGGAAGACAAAAUGACCCAUUUACAAAUGUGACUGCUUCAUUACCCCAAAAAUUUGCGACACUGCCAAGGAAGAAAAAUCCAUUUGAAGAAAGCAGUGAAUCAUGGGACAGCAGCAUGAAUUUAUUUUCAAAAUCAGUUGAAGCAAGAAAAGAAAAUAAAAGAGAGAAAAGGGAGAAAGUUAGCCUGUUUGAAAGAGUGACUGGGAAAAAAGAUAGCAGAAGAUCUGAUAAACUUAACAAUGGGGCAUCGGAUAGCCCUUGUGACUUGAAAUCACCUAAUGCGUUUAGUGAAAAUCGUCAGGACUAUUUUGAUUAUGAGUCAACUAAUCCGUUUACAACAAAAUUCAGGGCUUCAAAUAUAAUGCCACCUUCAAGUUUUCAUAUGAAUCCGACAAGCAGUGAAGACAUCAGGAAAAUCCCGGACAGCAACCCGUUUGAUGCCACUGCAGGGUACCGGAGCCUGACCUACGAGGAGGUGUUGCAGGAGCUGGUGAGACACAGAGAGCUCCUUAGGAGAAAAGACACCCACAUCCGGGAACUGGAGGACUACAUUGACAACCUCCUCGUGAGGGUGAUGGAAGAAACACCCAGUAUUCUUAGAGUGCCGUAUGAACCGUCCAGGAAAGCUGGCAAGUUCUCCAAUAGUUAAUAAGCCAAUUGUACUGCAUUUAUAAUUGGGGGGCGUAAAAGAAAGGAAGAAAGAAAAACUUGUUACUGAAAAAGACUACACUUACAGGUUUCUUUACAUACACUCUUCCAUUGUCAAAAAUUGUUUUACCUGUAAAUAUUAGCAGGGACUAUCAAGAGUGACCUUUGAAGUGAGCGAAAUAACGUAACUUUUAAAGUGAACUCGGGCCAGGUUCUCAAUAAAUAAACAGUUCCUUAGGAUUCACUUGGGUGCUGGAGCUGGUCCACUAACUUGCCAUAGGCCUAGAAAUAAUCUUCAGAAGCAUAUGACUUAUUCCUCAGGAAUAGAUUUCUUAUAAAGCAGAAUUGAUACUGUGGUGGGAUUAUCAGCAUUCAAUUUGUAGACAUGUUUAGCUGCAGGAAUACUCAUUAUAAACACUACUUAAAAAGUUCAUAUUUUAUAUUACAUAUAUAUGUACAUGAAUAUAUGUUCAUGUAUCUUUGUAUAUAAAAUAUAUGCGUAUACCUCAUAUAUACAUGUGUUUCUAAAACAUUUUAAAAUAACUGGUUGCCUCUAAAAUUAGGAUACCAAUUUCUAAAUUUGAAAAUGUUUUUGUGCUCUGCUGAUGCAAAACAAAUCAUUGCUACUACAGUGUUACGAUUUGUUACAGAAAAAUUGCUUCAAAUCACUCUUGACUAUGUGAACCUUGGUUUCAAAAUGAGCUGCUACUACAUGUUAUUCCAGCGUCGAAUUUUUGCUCUUUUUCCAAAAGUAAUGCUCCAAAGUCCUUUUUAAAAUAAUGGCAUAUUUUAGGAAACUUCACAACAGCAUGGAUUUCUUGAAUUCAUUUUUUAUCUUAACCUUUGGGUUUCAUUAAAGCUAUAAGCAGAAGCUAACGUAAUUGGUGAGAUUCUGAAUGCCUUUAAUUCACUAGCAAAGAAAAUAUUAAGAAGCUAAAUCUCAAUUAUAAUUUUGGGGGGAAAAGUAGGUGAUUGUCUGAUGCCUGAUAACCCAAAGGAAUGGGCAAAUUCUAGGAAUAAAGAAUUAGGCUUGGUUUCAAGUUACAUAAAUAAUUGAACAGAUGGUUGCAUUUGGGUCUUGAACCAAAAUAACAGUUACUAAAGGAGGAGUGAGUUUUUAGAACAGAUCAUUUCUGAUGUGACAUUAAACACUAUUCUACGUCCACCCUUUAAGGAUUGAUUUAUCAUAAAAUUAUAUGUCGGCUCCUUUUGUAAGUCUGCUCCCCCAAAAUGAUUACGCCCAUGAAUUAUAUUCAUAUAUGUGUACAAAAUUAGUCUGAAAUUUAAAGUGAAAAACAAUGAUUAUAAAAAUAUUACUAAUCAACUAUUGCUAUUUUUUACCUUAAAAAUCUAAAAUACUUACUAUGAAACACUGAAUCUGUGUUUUCUGAAAUUAAAAUGAAAAAUAUACCUGUAUAUGGAGACAUAUACUCCCCAGUCUUUUAAUGAACUACAUUUUUGUCUAAUACUUAUCUCUACUAAGACAUCUUUGAAAGUUAAAUACAAAGCAGAUAUAAUAGUUUUGCUCAUUUAAAUAUUUUGAAUCACAUACUUGGCCAAGCGUAUAUUCAAUUCAUAAGCUAAAAUCCCUUAUUAUUUAUAUUUUCUGGGUUUCUUGAGUUUUCCUUUGAGAGCAUACAUUUUGAAAUUCUGAAAAUUUUCCCAAAGUACAAAAUAAUUAAAUAAUUUUUUUAAAUGAAGAAAUGGAGAAGGAAAAUCAGCUUUUACCAACUUUUCCUUCACCUACGUAUUUCUGUGAUAAACCUCAAAAUCUGAUGUAGAAUUUUAUUUUCCCAUUUGAGGUCUUAGUAAUUUCUUUUUUUUAAAAAUGUGCCAUUUUUAAUUAACAUUUAUUAAAUAUUACAAAGUUCUUAGCAUUUGUUUUUUCUGUUAGUAUAAUUGAAGCUCUUACAUUUUUUAAAAGACCGAAGUCCAUAUAUUUUUACUAUUAUGAUAGAUUAUCUGCAGAUAUUUUAAUAUGCCUUGGCCAAAUUUGCUCGUUGUAGAAUGAACCAAGAUGUUGGUUUUGUAUUGGGGGUAUGUUUUAUGUGAGUAGACCUCAUUAAAAAGUAUGGUUCAAAUACUGCUGUUCUUCUUAUGAGGAAAUUCAUUUUUAAGGAGAAAUUCUUUGCCUGUCUAAAAACUGUUAAGAAUUAGACUUAUUCACAUAUGAGUGUUUUGGUUAUAACUGAGUCAAUAUUUUUAUCUUUAAAUCUGAGACAAGAAUUCUAUUGAAAACUCAAUCUGCAUUCAUCACUUCCUGAAAAUGUUCUGUUCUGAUGUUUAUGAAUUUUUGCUCAUGAACCAGAGUAAAACUUAUUAUAUAUUUUCAUAAUCUGUCAAUAUAAUAAACUAAAAACAAAAAGUGAAAAUGAGUGCCCAAGUAAACAUACCAGUGUUUCCUAUCCUUGGGCAGAAGUGCAAACAGAGUAGUUUUAUUUUCUGGCAUUGUAGAAGAAAGGCCAAAAAGAUCACCUUAGUUUGUUUUUCCAAAAUGUAACUUCUGAGUAUUCUGAUGGUAUAUUUUGUUACCAGUAGUAGCUUAGAAAAGGAAAUAAAAUAUAAGUACUCAUUAAAUAAUGCACAACACUAUAGACUUAAACAGAUUUUAGUUUUAUGGUUUAAAAAUGUAUGCUCAAAAACAUUCCCACCAACAAGAGGAUUUUUUUUUAAAUUGCAGAAUUGAUACUUAUCUCAAACCUAUCUUAACAUACCUCUGUUAUGUAAUUAAAUAUUUCUAUCAUUUUAAAAAUAGUAUUAUUUUAUAACCAUUCCCCUCGCAGUUUUAAAAUUCAGUUUUGAAAACAUUGAACAUACUGCCCUAUCACUUAUGCAUCAGGUUUCAUUUAUUGAAUACCAGAGUUGUAUCUUAGAAUUGUAUAUAAAAUGACGUGUCACCCAUUCAUGAAAAAUGUUUAAGUAUUGCUUCUGGCUGUUAUAUUCUGCAUCGAGCGUAGUUUUGCCAUUCUCCCAUGACUGUAGUAUUAUCCAUAGAUUAUACAUAACUACAUCUAUUGCUUUUGGCAGUAAAUGAAGAUUUAGUUGUAAUUUUCCAGCUGUGAAAAUGUUGCCUUGUAUUUUAAAGGGUUUUGUAGAUGGAAACCUAAGUAAAACUCAGCUCGUUCGUGACACACUUGCUUUCCUCACAUCCUUCCUUCACCAGCUCUCUGCCCUCACACCCCCCUGCCUACCACCCCCAUAAGGGUGCUUAUUCUUUAGCAAGGGAAAUCUUAAAUUGGAAAAACAACAACAACAAAAAAAACACCUCUCUUUAAUAUGUCUAGUAAUUGUUGCAUUGGAGCUUUUAUUUUCCUCUGUAGCUUUUUAGGAAAAGCAACCUACCUUGGAUUUGUAAGUCAAGCGGAAAGUUUUUGAUGUCCAUGUACUCGUCUGUCUUGUAGGUAGAUACGGUAGGUGUCACUUGUGUACGUGUGAGUGAAGUCUAAAGCAUGCUCAUUGACUCGAUCUCUUUGAAGUAAGAGGUAAAGAAUCCCAGUGCUGCUGUUCAUGACGGUAGAUGGAAGGGUCUGUCAGCACACAUUUGAAAGCCCCUGUUUUCACAGAUUUAUAACUUUAAUAAUCCAGAUGCAAUUAUUGGAAGUGUUUAAUAUGCAAUAGGUAGCACCUUAACUAACUAAUCUGCAUAUGAAGCGUUUUCUGAUGUAUUUAAUAAGUAGUGUAGAAGUUCUUCAAGCAUUAAACCAGAGUUGGCAUUUUAUUUCAUUUAUUUUCUAUGUCAAAAAAUCCACUCUUACCAUGGAAUUGAAGUCUGUAACAAAUGAUAAUGGGGCCUAUUAAUCUCUGAAUCUUCCAGGUGGUUUGUAUUUUAAGGUACAAAAAAAUGCUGCAGAUCUAGAAAUGUAUAUAGUUAGCAGGUAUUUGAAAGAUAUAAGCAUUAUUUAUAACUGAAGAGUAUUAUAUUACACUUACUAAGUAAAAUGGUCUAACAACUUGUAUACAUUUUUACAGGUACAAACUCAAAAGCGUGUAAGCAUUGCAUAAUGUGACAAUUGUAUAAUUUAUGUGAUCUGAUGCAUGAAUCAGAAUUUUUAUAUAAUAUAUGAUUGAUUUAUUAUAGUUGAUUAAAGUGUUUAAUCUUAA